UCUCUAGUGUCAGCCGUCAGCUUCGGACUAGCUGUAGGAGAGAGCUACAUUCGGGAUGAAGUGAGAUUGGUUACAAACUAUAUGUUUAUUUUGAACCGAGGGAUUCCUAUAAAUUGGAUUGAGGGAACCUAACUCCGAAGGAUUGGCAGAGUUUUCAGAUCUCACACCAGAGGAACAAGAAGAGAUCGAGAGAGUCCGUUUGCAUAAGGAAGAGCUACAGAACGACAUUCAGAGAUUGAAGAUGGAAAUUGCAAAAGUUAUCACUGAGCUUGAGAACUUUAAUUACACAGAGGAGAGCACAACUGCUGAGAGGAACAAGCUGAUGGCCAUGGGAAAGAAGAAAUUCAACACGGAUCCCAAGAAGGGGAUAGAGUAUUUGAUAAAGAACAAAUUGUUAUCUCCGAAGGAAGAAGAUGUAGCCAAGUUCCUAUACAAGGGGGAAGGCCUGCAUAAAACAGCCAUAGGAGACUAUCUCGGACAGAGAGAGGAAGUAUACAUCAAGACCCUACAGUGCUUUGUCGAGCUUCAUGAACUUGCAGAUCUCAACCUUGUACAGGCACUGAGGCAGUUUCUAUGGAGCUUCCGGUUACCAGGUGAAGCACAGAAGAUCGAUAGAAUGAUGGAGGCUUUUGCAAUACGUUACUGUCAUUGCAACCCAGGCGUUUUCCAAUCAACAGAUACCUGCUACGUGUUAUCCUUCGCCAUAAUCAUGUUGAACACAAGUCUACACAAUCCCAAUGUUAAGGAGAAGCCAACGCUGGAGAGGUUUAUAACAAUGAACCGUGGGAUUAACAAUGGAGGGGAUCUUCCUCAGGAGCUUCUCCGGAAUUUGUAUGAGAGCAUUCGGAAUGAGCCAUUUAAAAUCCCAGAGGAUGAUGGGAAUGAUUUAACACAUACGUUUUUCAACCCAGACCGGGAAGGAUGGCUUUCGAAGCUGGGAGGCCGGGUGAAAACAUGGAAACGUCGGUGGUUUAUUCUGACAGACAACUGCCUGUAUUACUUUGAGUACACGACAGAUAAAGAACCCCGCGGUAUUAUUCCUUUGGAAAAUUUGUGCGUGAAACCUUCGGAAGACUCCAGAAAAUUGAAUUGCUUUGACUUGUACAGUCCCAACAGCAAAGGUCACACCAUUAAAGCCUGCAAAACAGACACCGAUGGGCGGGUUGUUGAAGGCAACCACCAGUUUUACAGGAUAUCUGCCCCUUCAAGGGAAGAGAGGGAUGAAUGGAUUAAAUCAAUCAGAGCCAGUAUCUCUCGAGAUCCUUUCUAUGACAUGGUUGCUUCUCGAAAGAAAAAGUUAACCGUCAACAAAUCAAACUGAAAGGCUGCACUUUGUUUCUUAUCUCUGAAGCGGUGGGAUAAGUAAGAGUGAAAUAGUCACCUGUACUGUGUGAACUUGUGCUUUUGGUGACUGCAUCUGUUUGGACCAUUCCAAUGUAAUCCCUGAACAUUCUUCCAUCAGGAUGUGCAAAGGUCCCUGAAUUAUUUUAUUGAUGAAUUAUGACUUGGACAGACUUGCAUUGCCCUUUGCUCCAAUUACAGGUCAUAUGCAUCAACUGGUCUGACAAUAGCCACUGAAUCUGCACUCUGAAUAGGAACACGAAUACGCAAUAGUAAUAAUUGUGUUCCAUUGACACGUAUUGAGAGAUUCUCCUGGACUUUCCAUGCUUAAGUUCUAAUUACUUUGUCAGGGAAUGCCGUUGAGUCACGGCCUCAUAUUCAACCAGAAGCCUUGUAGGUGAUUAAAGGGGGAAGUGAUGGUCUAGUGAUAAUAAUAUUGGACUGUUAUCACAGAUCCAGAUUCGAAUCCUGCCAUGGCAGAUGGUGGAAUUUGAAUUCAGUAAAAAAUCUGGAAUUAUGAAUCUAAUGAUGACCAUGAAUGCAUUGUUAAUUGUCCAGAAAAACCCAUCUGGUUCACUAAUGUCCUUUAAGGAAGGAACUGCCAUCCUUACCUGGUCUCGCCUACAUGUGACCCCAAACCCACGGCAAUGUGGUUGACUCUUAACUGCCCUCUGGGCAAUUAGGGAUGGGCAACAAAUACUGGCCUGGUCAGCGAUACCAUGAAUGUAUAAAAGAAAUGGUGAUCAGCAUGUUAGAUGAGCACCUACUGUCCCGUAACACAUCAAACAUUGAUGAGGCCACACCUGGAGUACUAUGUACAAUUUUGGCCACCCUAUCGAAAAGAACAUUAUAUUUGCCCUAAAGUGACUUCAGUGAAGGUUCACUUGACUCAUUCCUGAGAUGAGGAGUCUAUCCUAUGAGAAGAAACUAACUAGAUGAGGCCCCAGGAGUUUAGGAGAAUAAGGAAGGGCGAUCAUAUUGAAACAUAAAAUACCUUUGGGUCUUUGCAGGUUAGAUGCCAGCUGAAGAGUAUAGAACUAGGGUCACAGUCUCAAAUUGAAGGAUCAGCCAUUUAGGACCAAGAUGAAGAAAUCAUUGCUGAAAUAUUAUGAAUCUUUGGAAUUCUGUACACAGAGUGCUCAGUUGCGGAGUAUUGUCACAGCAGAGAUCAUUAGAGCUUUGUAUACUAAAGGUAAUUGAAGAAUAUAGGAGGGGGGGAAUAUUGGAGUUGGUUUGAAGACCAGCCCUGAUCUUUGCUGUAUAGUACAGCAGGUUGAGGGCGCAAAUAGUCUCCUCCUGCUUCUAUCUCCUAUGUUCUUAAAUACUGGCAGCAUUUGAAAAUGACCUAUUUUACAGUCGGUGUUUUGGACUGAUUCAGAUAACUGCUGACAUUUGAUGUGUGGUGUAGACAAUUGCCCAGCAGCAAAGAGUGAUUUGCUAUCAUUAGGAGGUUUAUAGAUUGAAAUGUGCAAAAACAUUAUUUAUAAGCAACUUAUUGAACAGACAUGGAAUGUCUAAUAUUUUUUUAAAAACAGAUACAUUACGUAUAGGUGUACAGCAGCUUUUCAUAAAUAAAGCACAGAAUACAUGUAGGUUAGAAAUAGAAACUAAUAGUUCUACACCACUGUAUGUUGUGUUGUUUUGAAUUGCUCAAAUUCAUUACCCCUUGAUACUGAAUCUUUAAUUGCUACUUACCCCACCUUCCAGAUUUGUUAUCCUGAACGUUCACUCUUUUUGGGCUGCGUUUCUACAUUUUACAAGACUCCUAAAUGGAAAUUAUUCUUAAACAGAGAGCAUUAGCAAGCUAUUCGGAAAGCAAUUAAUUUUGACAGAUUCAAUACUUUCGAUCAGCAAUUUGGAUGAAGUUGACAAGUUUAGCAAAGGCAGUAAAUGGUGUUUAUUUUUAUUAUAAAAGCAGAAAGAGCUGGAAAACUCAGCAGAUCCAGCUGUGUCUGCAGAAAGAGAAACAAGUUAGAGUUGAGGCCAACAUGACUUCUUCAGAUGUUUUGCCAUCUUGCUGUAGCUCAGUAGCUAGCACUGUUGCCUCUUGAAUAGAAGGUUGUGGGUUCAAGUCCCAACACUUGGUCAUCCAGGCAGACAUUUCAGUGCAGUACCAAGGGAGAGCUGCAUAACUGGAAGCGCUGUCUUCCUGUCCUCUCAGGUGGGUGUAGAGAUCCCAAGACAUUACUUGAAGACAAGCUAGGCUGUUUUUUCAAUGUCCUGGCCAACAUUUAUGCUUCAAUUAUUGUGGGAAACCUGUUUUUCAUCAUUUAGCUCAUUAUUUUGUGCAAGUUUGACAGCAAUAAAGUCACCAUAGUCUUACCAGACCAAAGGGUCACUCUCGCAUUAGAGAGAGCCAAUGGCAGUGAUUUAACCUGAGGUCCACCACACCUCAGGCAAAGGGAAGAGGUUGAGAAGGAAAGUCCUUCAUGGCAACCUCAGCUGGUGCAGGGAUUGAACCACGCUGUUAGCAUCACUCUGUAUUCACAAACCAACUGUCCAGCCAUCUGAAUUAAACUGAUCCUGUAGCACACUAGGCAACGUUAAGUUACAUUUAACGGAAUGGCUUCAGUGAAAUCUGAUCUUCUCCAACUGUCACUGUUUUGGCAGUGAAGGAAAGGAAACAAUUGCUAUUAUUUGACAGUAAAAAUACUUCAAUGCAUACCUGGUUUAGGAAACUAUAUUUUACUUAUGUAUUUUGUUAUCUAUUAGAAAGUUUAUGUAUAUUUGAAUAAAGAUAGCUGAGAAUCGGAUUUGUGGAAAAUGAACUUCAGCUAUUCUGCUGUAAAUAGACUAAUAAAUUUAUAUUUUGCAACAACAA